AUGCCCUUAUCCUUCUUUUUUUUUCCCGUUUUUUCCCUCAUCUCUUUCUGUACUUCUCCUCUCCUUUCUCUCUUUCUUUUUCUUUCUUUCUUUCUUUUAUUUCUUUGUCUCUUUCUCUCAUCUAUUCUUUUUUUCGAUUUCGCUUUCUUUCUUUUCUUCUUUCUUUUCUCAUUCAUAGUCUUUCGUUCUCCGAUGUUUUCUUUCUUUUUAUCCCCUUCGCCAUUGAGUCCACUUUUUUCUUUCUUUCUUUCUUUUCUCAUUCUUUCUUUACUUAACGUCUUCCUAUCUUUCUUUUUACUUUUUCUUUUUUCUUUGUUUGUUUUAGUUCUUUUUUAUUUUCUUCUUUUUUUUUUUGUUUUCUCUUUUUGUCUUCCUUUACUUUUUUCUUUCUUUCUUUCUUCAUUGCUUUGGCUUUCUUUCUUUCUUUUCUUCCUUACAUCUUUCUUUCUUUCCUUCCAUUUUUGCUUUCUUUUCUUCUUUCUCUCUUUCUUUCGUUUUUUCCUACUUUCUUUAUCUUGCUAUCUUGUUCUUUCUUUUCCUUUCUCUCUUUCUUAA